AUGUCGUCAAUAACUCUUAAUAAUCCAAAUAAUCCAACACCACAACCACAACAACAACAACAAGAAUUUCAUCAAUGUCAUGCAUGUGGUCGUGGUGUUUUGGGGGGCAAUCAAUCUAGUAAUUAUUUGGGGGGCAAUCAAUCUAGUAAUUAUUUGGGGGCCAAUAAUCAAUCUGGUACAUAUGGGGCCAAUAAUCAAUCUGGUAAUUAUGGUGGCAAUCAAUCUGGUAAUUAUGGUGGUAAUCAAUCUAGUAAUUAUCGUGGUAAUCAAUCUGGUAAUUAUGGUGGCAAUCAAUUUGGUAAUUAUGGAAAUUAUAGGAACAAUGUACGUUCGAAUUAUCAAAGUAAUCGAUCGAAUUAUUCAAAUCGUUUUAAUAGUCGAAAUCGUAAUGGUAAUUAUCGUUCUCGUUCACGUUCCCGUCCUCCAUAUUACAAUUCUGGUCACCGUUUUUAUCGAAGAACUUAUUACAAUAGAAAUUAUCGAUCACAGCGGCCACAACAACAAUAUCAUAAUAAUCGUCGAGGUAAUUAUCGUGGUAAUUUUCGUAAUAAUUAUCAAAGACAAUAUCGUCAACCACGUCCAUUAACAGUAGGUGAUUUCUUGCCACAACAAUGUCAAAAUGGACAAAAUAUUUCAACACAUACUACGAAUAAUAUUCCUGUUAAUGCAUUACCACAACGACCACAAUUUAUUAAUAAUAAUAAUACUACACAACCUUUCGUGGUACAACAAGAUAAUCAAAAUGAUCAAAUUCAGCCACAAGGUCAACAAUAUCAACAAAUAAGAACUACAUCAUCUUAUAGACGUCGAGAACGUCGCCGACAACAACAGCAAAAUCGUCAUAACAGAAUUAAUAAUAAUAAUAAUAAUAAUAAUAAUCGAUUUGCUGUACUUGCCGAAGAACAACAACAAUUUAUUGAUAAUGAAGAAGAAAAUAUUAAUUAUGAUAAUCAAAUUAAUAAAACAAAUAAGAAAAAUAAGAAAAAUAAAACAAAAAUUCGUUCUUAUCUUAAUCUUAAUUGUAUUUUGAAUUAUUUUAAAAAUAAAAAUCCACCCAAAGACCCCAAAGAAUUUAAAGAAUUUAAAGAAUUUACUGAUUUAUUGCAAGAUAAUAGAACUUGUGAUGGUAUGAAAAAUUUUCUUAUUAAUUCAGCUCCUGUUUAUGAUGAACAGAUUAGAGCAGAAUAUGAAUUACAAGUAUGGCAAAAUUAUUUAAAAUUAGGUGAAGAUUAUAAAUAUUGGGCCAAAGAAGUUGUUCAACGUACAAAGAAACGUGAUGAUAAUGUAAAUAGACGUUUUAUUAAUAAGAAAACUGAUCAAUUAUCAUCAACAAUUCGUCAAACACGUACAACAAUUUCUGGUUUACAAAUAGAACUUGGUGAUUAUUGGGCACGAAUAACAUCACGUAAAAAAUACGUAAAAAAUGUUCAAACAACUACAGAUUCUAAUACUACUACAUCAACAUCUACUGAUGCUCCACAUAUUUCUUAUAAUAUUAAUCAAUUCGAAAAGUUUAUAUCAAAUUACAUUGUAGAUUAUACAAAUCAUGUGAAAACAAUGUGUGAUAGACGUAUCUUAUUAGCUAAAGCACAAAUGGAAGAAUAUAAAGCAUUAGAAGAAUUUGAAAAAAUCUCUACUGCACCACAUAAAAUUAUCCAUUUAGUUUUAAAACCUAAAAUGAAGAUAUGGUCUAUUAAAAAUAAAAACUAUCAUAUGGCACAAAAACGUCUUCAAUCUAAUUUACUUCCAAAAUUUAUUACAAAAAAUGAUUUAUCUUUUAAAAUUGAUGAAUCAAUAUUAAAACAAAAUGAUAUACAAACUAUAUAUAAUGAUAUGCAUCAGAUAAAAAAUGAAUUUUAUAGAAGAAGUAUGGAAUUAUAUUCUAGAGUAGCUUCUACUGAAUUUGAUAUGAUUAAAAAUGAGAUCGAGACAAUUAUUGAAGAAAAUCGACCUGAUACUCUUUCAAUUACUCCAAAUGAUGAUAAUGUCGAUUUAAAUGAUGCACAGCAGCUAACUCAAGAUGAUAAUAAAGAAGAUAAAAGUUAUGCUGCCUUUGAACAUUAUCAUCAAUUACGUGUUAAACGAUUAAAUUUAGAAGCCGAACAAUCCUCAAAUACAACCAGUAGAUAUCGUCCCGACCCAUUUAUUAUCGGUCCAAAUAUAAUUAAUGAAGUACCACAAAUGAAAUUAACUGAAGAAGAAUAUCAAUUGUUGAAUUUAGGCCCUCGAUUUAUUUUCAAUGAUCCAAAAACGGCUGCACGACGACGUAUAACUGAGUUGGCUACACUUCGUAGAAAAAUUGAAACUCGUUUUCAUGAGAAAAAAGUUAGCCCCGGUCGUCCAGUUCAACAAUUUAUUACCGAAUUAGAUACUCUUCUUCAGAAUCUUCACAAUAGUCCAGCUUCUAUUACUACAAAUUGUCGUCAAAUUAAUCAAAUAACAAGUCAAAACACUUCUAUUACUAUUCCAAAUGACCUUAUUAUUUCAAGUCAAUCUCAAACGAAUACUCGAAUGGUUAAAAAGAAGAAAAAUUAUCAUCGAUUAAUUAAAAGAUUAAAAUAUAAAUUUCGAUUAACAAAUACAAUAUUAAGAAAAACUGAUAAAUCAAAAGUAUUUCAUUUGGGUAAAUUACAAAAUUAUGAAAAAGGAUCUGAAGAAUAUAUGAAUAAAACCAAUGCUUAUACAUGUCUUGGUACUGAAGAUCCACUACCCAAUUUACUUCAACGUACUAAUCUAUAUUUAUUAAAUUUACGUCUAGCUAAAUGGAUUACACAAAAACAAUAUGAGCAAUUAUGUGUUAAAGUAGAUGAAGUUGAAUUAGCUCAUCUAUAUUACUUACCAAAGGCUCAUAAACCAGGAACUCCUCUUCGGCCAAUUAUUUCAGGUCUAAAACAUCCAACAAUAAAGAUUUCUAAGUUUCUUGAUGACUUAUUGCGACCAUUAUUUGACAAAAUGGCCUCUAACACAACAGUUAUGUCUGGCUUUGAAUUAGUCAAAAAACUACAACAAUGGUCACAAGUUAAUAUGAAAAAAGAAACUAUAUUAUGUACAGUGGAUGUUGCUGACCUGUAUACAAUGAGUCCACAAGUUGAAGGAGUACUGACGUUAAAAAAGAUGCUCGACUUUCUCCAUAUAAAACAAAUUAAAGAAUUAAAAGUCGAAGCUAUUAUACGUUUAGCUAGAUUUGUUAUGCAAAACAAUUACUUUAAAUAUAAUGGCCAAUAUUAUCAUCAAAUAAGAGGUGGAGCAAUGGGUUCUCCACUUACAUUAACCAUUGCUAAUUGCUAUAUGUUUUUCUAUGAACGUGAUAUCGUUCGUCAAAUCAGCAAUAGUGGUGGUCUUUAUUUACGUUAUAUUGAUGACUUAUUUAUUAUUAUUAAUUGGCCUGUACGUCAUUUCAUGAAACAGAUCGAUCGAUGGAAUAAAUUUGAUAAAAAUAUUAAAUUAUCAGCUAAUAUUAACUCAUAUGCUGAUUUUUUAGAUGUACAUAUAGAAAAUAGAGAUGGCCAACUAUUUACUACAGUUUAUUACAAGCCAUCCUAUGAACCAUAUUAUUUACCAUUUAAUAGUGUUCAUCCAAUGCAUAUGAAGAAGAAUAUAGCAUUCGCAAUGUUACUUCGAGCAAUUAGAUAUUGUUCUACAUUUGAUGCUUAUGUAAAAGAAAAAAACACAUUAAGAAUAACUUUAUUAUUAAAUAAAUAUCCAGGAAAAUUCAUCGAUCAACAAUUUGAAAAAGUUUUUUUGAAGUUUCAAAUAAAUGAGCCAUUAACAAGAACUAAUUAUAAUGCAUUACGUGAAAAAGUUAUUAAUACUCCAUAUUCUGACAAGACACCAGUUGAUCAUACUCGUACAAUGUUUAUUCAUUUUACGUAUUGCACAAGUAUGAAAGCAUUUCCUAAGAAAUUCCAUGCUUUGUGGAACAAAUACUUUGGUGAAUCUCCUAUCAAUGAGAUUACUCCAGUUCUUGGUACACGUAAUGUUGAUAAUCUACAAAGACGGUUGGUUCAUACUCGUCGAUAUUGA